AUUUUAAUUAAAGAGGCAGCUGGGGCAGCUGCUCAGCUCAUCAGCACAGUAUAUUAUCAAAAUACGAGUGAAGCGCAACAUCAUUUUUCUUCAUAUAUUCGCGAAUUCUUUGACAAUGUUCAUUAUUAUUUGGUAGAAUUUUGUCUUGUGUGGUUCGGUAAGAGGCGAGGAGUUUGGAACGGUCGUAUUUUUUUUGCAGCGCUUUAUUUCAGUUUGCAAAAGUGGAACGUCAAGAUGACCUCGGAUGCUGUAGACUUGAUUGAAGAUAAUGCUUUCUGUGAGAGAAUUAUUAACGAAAUCUAUGCGGUCUUCCUCAAGGAUCCCGAAUUAUCGGGAUUUGAAAUUAUUCCAAUGCCAUCCAACACAAACAAGUCUCCCGUUGUUCAUCUAGAGCACAAUCUGGGACUUCAGUCAUGGUGCGUUAAGUAUGUUUAUGAGUACUCACAUCGUCUGAUACUGCAACAAAAGGCCGAUUGCUCUAAGAUUCUUGGUGUGAAUUCGGCGCCUUCAACAUCACUGAACAGUGGCACAGGUUCACUGCUGGUAUCUGGUAGUGCAAAUAGUAAUUCAAUCAUCAAGUACCUAAAUUGUGCCAUUCUCAUUAAUCCUGAUGUGGCGACAUUCUGGAAUCUACGUCGACAGCUGUUUGCGAAAAAUAGGCUGGACAUUACCAAAGAAUUUCAGUUCGCCACGGUCGUGUUGAGCAAAAAGCCAAAAUCCAACGAAGCCUUUGCCUAUAGACGUUGGUUGUAUCUUUUUCAGAGUUUUGAUGCCAUCGACUGGUCGUUUGAAAUAAGUCUGUGCGAGAAGUGCGCUGACAAAAGCACUACAAAUUAUCAUGCUUGGUGUCACCGGCAGUGGGUUAUCAUGAAGGCGCCUCAUCUGUUGAAAUUUGAAAUCCUCAAAACUGAAAAGUUUAUUCGUAAACACAUCCACGACUACAGCUGCUACAAUCACCGUCAGUUUGUACUGACAAAAAUGCUUGAGGGAACGUAUUUUGACGAACAUGAUGGAAAUGAUUUCCCAGAAUUGCUGGAAUAUGUUGGAACGCUGAUGGGAAACGUUGUCGGAAGUAUAGAUGCAUUACUCCGAUGUAUAACCCCCAGUGUGAACAAAGAACAAACUCAUGAGAUCAAGUUGCGAUCUUUUUUGUUUUGUCUCAACGUGGCGGCAUACGAUUUGAAAUUUUGCGAUGAGCUACAGUCGCUCUAUGGCGAAUCCCAGGCGUUUGAAAACCAUCGUCGAUAUAUGAUUAAAUUUAUAGUCGACGGAUGCCGCAAGGCAUCUCAUAUUCUUACACAGGAAGCUAAUAGCCAAAUAUCAGCAUAUUGCCAACCGAUGCAAAAAAUGACUAAACUGGAUAACCAAAAUAGCGCCUUCCUAAGGGCUAUAAGGGACAGGGAGAGAAAACGUAAUGCUCCUCAGCAUAAAACCUGGUGCAAAUUGUAUUUAGGUUUCGAUAUUGAUUGAAUGUUUUUGUUUACAUGUUUUACCGUGCCGUUUUAGGCUGCAAUAGCAAAUGUUGAGCAUCAAGAUAGCACCGUACUGUUUAGAAAUGUUCCUAAUUUAUUGUUUUACCGAUAUGAGCAAAACUACUUUGCCAUUCAUACGUACUUGUUUUCAGUAGACAUCUUUUAGGUUCCAACGAUGAAUCGUUUCUUCAUAUUUGUGUUAUUUUUAUUAUAAUAAAGGUGUAAUUCGAAAGAUUUGAAAUGACAAUUAAAUGUAUAAGUUUAAAAGAGUUAAAGAAACCGUUUAUUUUGUUUGUUGUUUAGAAAGUAUUAUGUUGUUGAUGUGAGAUGAAUUUUUCAGAUAGAUUUAUAGAAACAAAAACAAGUCAUAAGAAAGUCAUUAUAUUAAUGAUAGUUAUUUUGCUACCAUUUUCAUUCACUUCACUGUUGAGCAAUGCUAAAUAUUAUAUGAAA